AUGGACAUCGCAUCUGGAUCAGGUUUGAAUCAAAAGCGUAAGCAAAAAACGCUUACUUUGGUGGAGAAAGUUAAAAUCAUCGAGGAGUUUGAGAAAGGGGGAUGUACUCACGAAUCGCUUGCUCAAAAAUAUGGCGUAGGAUCAUCAUCCGUGUCGAGAUUCAUUCAACAAAAAGAUGAAAGAAAAGAUGACCUACGAGCAAAGAUGGAACAGUAUAGAGAACACGGAGUUAACAGCAGGAAGACGAUGAAAACGCAAAACUUCCCAUUGAUGGAAGAAUCCGUAUAUGUGUGGAUUUUGCAACAGCGAGAGGCCAACAUAAUCGUCACUUCCGAGGUUCUGCGGGUCAAAGCGGAGUUACUUUUCCGAGAAAUCCAGAAACGUGGACAUUAUGUGAACCAAAAAUUUUCAUUCUCGGAUGGCUGGAUGCGUAGAUUCAAAGAACGAUUCGGUCUGCAUGUCAAGCGGGUUGCGGGAGAAAAAGCUUCUGCUGACGUGGAUGCUUACAUAAAAUUUAAGGAAAUAUUAGCAUCAAAAAUAACAGAAACAGGACUUCAAAAGUCGCAGGUGUACAAUGCAGACGAAUCGGCAAUUUUCGUAAAGCUGCUUACGUCACGAAGUCUGGCACUUUCCAGCGAGAAAAAUGUUUACGGUCGGAAACUAAAUAAAAUGCGAUACACAUUUAUGCCAUGUAGCAACAUCGACGGUUCAAACAAAUUAAAACUAAUGUUUAUCGGAACCGCUGCAAAGCCACGAUCAUUUCCGACCAAAGAACUGCUCCCGGUGUCAUAUUACAAUUCAAAAAAAGCAUGGAUGACGCGAGAGCUUUUCCGGGAGUGGUUCUUUAACGAAUUUGUACCUGCAGUAAGAAAGUUUUCCGGCGAAAAGAGCUUAGAACCGAAGGCUCUCCUGGUACUGGACAACUGCACGGCCCACUAUACAGGAGGAGACAAUUUAAUUUCUGAUGAUGAAUUGAUCAAGGUGAUUUAUCUACCGCCGAAUGUCACAUCACAGUGUCAGCCAAUGGACCAAUCCGUUAUCAAUGCAAUAAAAACCCGGUACAAGCGGAAACUCAUGCUGAAACUGGUUCUUGAAAACGAAGAACUCAAGUUUGAGGACCGUCUCAAGAAGAUAUCUCUGAUGCAAAGCAUUGAUUGGCUGUCUGCUGCUUGGGAUGAAAUUUCACCAAGCACAAUCGAAAAUUCCUGGAAAAAGCUCUUGGAUCAGUUUCCAGGAUAUGCGUGGAGUUCUGAUACACCAGAUGAGUUUCAAGAUGAUACGAGAGCGCUUGUUGUUGCCAUAGAUACUCUAACUAACACAACUACAACCGACGAAGAUAUUAAUUUAUGGCUAAAAGAUCAGGUUUACGAUGGUGACAACAACCCAACUUGGCUCACCAGUGCGGUCUUUACGGAUACGGAGAUCAUUGAUUCCAUUUUGCAAGAAAGCGUGGCUCAAGAAGAUGACUCUUUCACCGAAGAUUCAACAGACAAUAUUUCCCUUGAGAUGUCAUCCGGAACUAACGUUUGUUCGCACAUCAGCCUACAAAACCAGGCGCACUACAUCUCGUACAAUUUGGAUGCUGGAUUCACCUGCCAGACACCCCCCCCCCCGGAGUCGAGCAGCAGCGAAAUCAGCAGCAAGGCCAGCAACGAGGACAGCAACGAGGACAGCAGCGAGGACGGCAGUGAAAUAAAGUGGAUUACAAACACGGGCGAUGCCCAAGUUCAGAUACUCAACCAUCUUGACAACCACAGCACCGUUCACGAGGCUCAAGGAACCAUUAUUUGUAUUAUCUUAGCCAUAGCUAUACUGUUAUUAGUAGCCAAGGCAUACAAAGCCUACAAAGGAUGCAUGAAUGCGCAUGCCAUGAAAGCCAUGAAGGCGGCAAAAACGUUAGCGACAGUAACUGACUCUGUCUAA